AUGGAUGAACCCUCCGACUUCUACAGCGCUCUCGGAGUAGGCAUCGGACACUGCCCCCCCGAGAUAUGCCAGCACCUCGAAACAUGCGAGCGCGUGAACCUUCGCCCUUACGUUAAUUUGGCAAGCAACACCAGCUGGGCUAAGAUCAUGCAGACCAAGGCUCGGUUGUGCAUCCCCGAAGAAGACCCCGACGGACGUGACAGCCCGCGUGAACAUGAAUGCAGGCAGGAGGUGUAUAUGUACGAAUGCGCGGCCGGACGGGCCCCCGGCUGUGUCUUGCACGCCACGCGCAGCGAGGCAUGGGGCCUCGCCUCGCUGGUUAUACGUGGCAAGUACCGCACCGUCCAAAGCCGCUUCCGGCAAGGCAACGCUGACGCCAAUGCCCUGACUGCCUCGGGGAUCCCGUUGCUUUCCCUCGCCAUUGCGCAUCUGCGCUACGGCAUCGUCGCCCUGCUGAUCCGCGCGGGCGCCGACGUCAACCGAGUCGGCUAUUGGCACGACGCCCUCCCGCUCGACUACCUGCCGCCGUGGUGGAUGGACCGUCAAGAUCUCGGAGUGGCCCGGAUGUUCAUUCUGCAGAUGAUGCUCGAAGCGGGCGCGCGGUUCUCGUACGGCAGCGUGUUCGACCUGUUCUGCGUGUUCGACAAGCUGUCCCUGCUCCAGAAGGCCGUUGAGAACGGCGUCAAGCUCGAGAACGUGAAAUGCAGCGAACGGUCCACCGUCGCCCAUCGCCUGGUUCGCGAAUUCCCCUACCGCACAGAGAUCUGGGAGUACCUCAAGACCACAAAGCCCCACUUGAUCACCUGGAAGGACAUGCAUGGCCGCUCUAUCCUCUACUACGCUAGCCAGGUGAGCCAUUCCCCCUUGCUGCAGGAGCUCCUGGACCACCCCGCCGACCUCCUUAGCGUGGAAGCCGACCGCGAGUACAUGUUCAAGCGCAUCUUCAGACAGGAUAACCACAUUUUGAUCCUCAAGUUGCUCGACAAUCCGUCCAUCGACCUGGUGGUUCUUCAUCGCGCGGCCGAUUUCGCCGCUACGCCUCUUGGUCUGACCAUCCUGGAAAACAAUUACGUGGUGUUCCGUCUCCUCGUCGAGCAUGAGCGCAUGGCGCUUACACCUCGCGAUAAGCACCGCGCUGUCAGCCUUAGCCAGCUGCUUGGUCGGCCUCAGGAGUGGAUGGACGGCUUGAAUGGAGUUUUGAUGGCUCUGUCCUAUUCCUUGGUCCAGGAACGCGCUCAGGCUCGGUCCAAUGGCGCUGUGUUCGAGUCUCCCCUUUUGUCGAGCGAUGAGCACAGCUCGUCUUGA